GAAUUAUGAAUGGUAUUAAAUGGAACUCUACGCUACACUACUAUCAUCAUAGGACUAAUACCCGAGAUGUGAAGGCUAAUUAUUGUCUUGUAUAAGAUAAUUUCUGCAACAGGCCAUCCAAAAUGGAUUUUAAUUCUAUUGGAUUUUAAUGCUUAGUGCUUGUCUUCUUAAAAUGAAAAAGAAAAAUGUGAGUUGAUUUUCUUGUUUUUCUACCUGUAGAGGGGAACUCUUCGUACACUUUGCGAAGCAUUUGUUUCAAUCAAAAAAGUGAUUUCUUCGAAAUUUUCAUAUAUUUUUUUUUAUGGAUAUCUAAUUUUGUGGAGAAAGUUUUCAUAGGUACUUGAAUAAUCUUCAUCGCAUGAUGAAAUAUGAUCUCAUAUACAAACGUAUUAUUAUUUGCCCUGACGCUUAAACAUCUACCCGACACUAGAGAUUUGCUGAUCAGAUAUGAGGCUCAACAGAUACGGACUGAAUGGAUUAAUAUUAACAUAUCUAACAUUGUUUGAGAUCAUUUCUUUGACACAAGCUUGUAUUCUUUUGCUAAAUGGUUGGGCCCCCCUUUCUGUGUACAACCGAACGCUACUAGCGGAUGUGGUAGUUUCAGGAUAUGUACACGAAACUUAUAAAGACCUCAGAUCCAAAGAUUUUACUUACAGUGCCAAAAUAGAGCUGAUUACCAUAUAUAAAGGUCAGCAACUGGUCGAAAAACUUACCCCCGUGUCGAAGAACACUUUUGUCAUAAGUAAUUUCGGGGAUAAGAAAAUGUGUUAUGCCGACAUCUCCGAAGAUGAAAUCUACAUAUUGUUUUUGACAAUAUACAAGGAAAGACUGUCGGCGAAAUACGAUGAUAUCUUUGGUGCUGCCACUGAGCUUACAAAAACCAAAGAAGAAGAAAUACUCACACAGCUAGGUUGGAAUUUUUGGUCUCCAUGGGAAUCCUGCAGCGCUACUUGUGGACAAGGAACUCAGAUCCGAAAACGAGGCUGUACUGACAGCGUGACUUCCUGUACUAGCGCAGUUUCAGAGAGGAGAUCAUGUAACGAAUUCUCUUGUAAAGGAGCAACAGAUAUACUCAAAACAUUAGGACUACCGAAACUUCCUCACGGGGUAUCAAUAGAACCUAACAGGACUUCGGCUUACACUAUAAGCAGUGAAGCCAAUUUAUAUAUCCCUCUCUCAGACCUCUACAGAGGAAAAUUUCCAAAGGAUUUCUCUAUAUUAAUCACCGCAAAGCUUAACAUAUCGUCGGAAGGAUAUUUAUUAACAUUUAGUGAUAUCAUGGGCCAACAGAAAAUGGCCAUAAAGUAUGGAAAAAGACUUAUCUUAGAGUACUACGAUCAAAACGGGCUACCUGGGCCUAAAUCUCCCGGAUUUGUAGAGAAUCUCAGCGAUUCUGCCUGGCACCAGUUCGCCUUCAGUGUGGAAGAUCAACAAGUGACUCUUUUUAUUGACUGUGAGAAAGUGAGAUCACAGUUUUUUGGGAGAAGUAAAAACCCCUAUGUCGGAGUGAACUUAAUGCUUGCUUUGGGACCCUACUUUGCAAGGCAUGGGAGUCCAUUUCAGGGAUCCAUAGAACAACUACUUAUUGUGAAGAAUUCAAAUGCAGCCGUACAACAGUGUUCCAGUAAACUGCAAAACGGGGAAAAUACAUUUGGGACAGAGAAAGCAGUUAAAGACGACAGUCAGGUCAACGUGGCCCAGAAAUUAACACAGUCUGAACAAUCGAAGCCGGACUACAUCGGAGACAGAACAACAUUUAAAAACACGUCCACAGCAGCUAUAAAUACUCAAGAGACAUCAAAUGUUUUUGUUGAUUGGUCAGAAUGGUCUACAUGCAGUGCGUCUUGUGGGAUGGGCUUCCAGUCCCGCACUCGUUACUGUGGUAACAAUGACCUUGAAAAUUGCUUAGAUAAAGAAAAUCAACUAAUUCAGACGAGACCUUGUGGGGGAAAGACAUGUUCUGAUGCAGGGUCAGUCAAAGAGUGUAAGAAAAGAUGUCAUAAUGGCGGCUCCUGCAAACGAGACGGAAGUUGUGCAUGUCCAAAGGGUUACAAAGGGAAAAAGUGCCAAAAAGCUAUUUGCAAACCACGCUGUAAAAACGGCGGGAAGUGCGUUCGCCCUGGGGUCUGUGUUUGUCCUCGAGGCUAUUUACAACCAACAUGUAAAGUUGGCUGUAGUAUAAAGUGCCAAAAUGGUGGAAUAUGCUGGAAAAGAAGGAGAUGCAAAUGUAAAAAGGGCUAUAAGGGAAAAGACUGUUCAAUACCGAUUUGUCGGCGUGGGUGCAGUAAUGGCGGGAAAUGUGUUGCACCAAGUAAGUGUUCCUGUCGGCAGGACUAUAGAGGAAGACGAUGCCAGAAAGCUAUCUGCAAACCUAAAUGCAAAAACGGCGGAUCAUGUAUAUUUCCAAACGUUUGCAAGUGCAAGGCGGGAUUUUAUGGGUCUCAUUGCGAAAAGUAUAAGUGUAGGAGAAGAUGUAAAAAUGGUGGGUUUUGCGUUGGACCAAAUAAAUGUAGCUGUCAACCGGGGUACUCAGGGAAAUGGUGCCAUAUAGGGCGAUGCAACCAACCAUGUCUGAAUGGCGGGAAAUGUAGAAAUAACAAAUGUCGAUGCACAGCGGGUUGGAAAGGCAAAAGAUGCUCAAUUAGAGGCUGCAGUUAUACUCGGUACACCGUGCCAUAUGAUAGGUCCUACAAGAGAAUGGUCAGGGAGGAAUAUAUCACGAAAUGUGGUCCUUGGAGCUGGAAGUCUUGUGUCAAAACCAGAAUUCGUUAUGAAAUCGUAACCAAAACAAUGUACAGAGCAUCGUAUAAAUGUGUUUGAGAAAAAAGGGAAAUUACACGAAAGAAAAAGCCGGAAAUAUUUGUCAUAGUUAAGACCUCAUUUAUUAAAGAAGACCUUCACGAUGGUAAACAAAUAUGGAUUCGAGUAUAGAGGAGGUCCACCUCAGAGAAUCGAUGGAUUCCAUGCAAACAUUUCCGGUCUUUUUUUGUGGACCGGAAGUUAUCAAAGACAAAACAUAAAAUGAUAUAUGUGGAUCAUAAUUCAUGAAUAUAGUGAGAGAAAGAAAAAUACCGAGCUUAAGAAAUUUGCUACUACACGGCUGGAACCGUGACGUCAGAGAAAUAUGGAUUUUUCAAUCCUAUCUAUAUAUAUCCUCAUCUUUGAUAUACCUCAGUUCACAGUCUGUACCUACAUUCCAUAUCAGAUGUCUUUUAUACAAUGGUUCUGUUGCAUAUAAACUUCAGAGAAAAUGGCAAAAAUAUGUGGUAUUUUAUAUUUAUACCAAAGAACUAUCACUUGAUACUCAACCGCCUAAAUGAUUUUGCUUUGUUGAGAUUGUAACCUACCCUAUUUUGUUUCAAUAUUUUUCUACAUUUAUGUGUUUUUUAUCAAUUCACAUUUCAUAAGGAUUGAAAGAUUCCAUAGCAUGAAAGUAAAUUAUUGAUUGUAUAUUUUUACAUAUAUCUUGCCAUGAUAUAAA